CCCAUCAAGUCAUCGAAGAGGAACAAACUGGGAGGGUUAACUGAGAUAUAUUCUGGUGCUGAGACCUUGUUAGAUAAAUUCUCACUAUGUCUAUAAGACAGUUUGUCAUAUUAUUUGCAUUCUCUAAAUCUUUGUUUAGAAGUAAAGUGUAUUUUAGUUGUGAUAAUAAAUCAUAAGACAAACUAUUUAGAUUCAUAGUUUUAUUUUAAACAUAUUUUAUUUUGUAAUGAUAAAUUUUUAACGUAUUUUAAAGCAGAUCAUAAACUUGAUCAAAAAUAGAUAGUGACGUUGCAAUUGCUUAAGAAAUUAGGUUAAACGAUAAAUUAGGUUUACGAUAAAUCUUAGACUAAGAUUAAAACACCUAUUUUGUUGGUUUUCGCCAAAUGUGUAUCUGUUGAGGUUAUUUUUGAAAUUUAUCCAAUGGCCACCUUUCUAGCCACAAUUCAAUUGCUAAAAAGCCUAAUGGAAUAUCAUUGGCAAUGUUCAAGCAUCUGAUCUAAGGACUUUUAAAUCUCGAUGCGACACAAAUCUUUCUGUGUAUGAAUUUUCUUUGUCCGUCUAUACUCUUUAGGUAACAUUUUGACUUGGAGUCUAUAUGUCAUCAUAAAUAUGAUAAUAGGAAAAUUUUAGGUGAUAUUUAGACCUGCUUUCCUUGUAUCAAUCAAUGUGACCUUUGGAUUCUAAAACUUCAAAUUGCACUCGGGUUUACAGAUUAAAUAGAAAUGUCCGAAAAUUCUUUUCUAGAAUGAUUAUUAAGUUGUGAACUGAAAACAGAUUUAACACUGACUCUUCACGCAGCUGCCAGUGUUUAAAAAUAAGAUUAAAUCUGGUACAUAUCCAUUUGGUCCCAUCACGCUUUUAUCCAAUUUCGGAGAGUAGCAACUUUUUAGAAUGUAAUCAUUCUUCUAAAAGCAAAAGAAUGACUGACAAUGGAUUUUAAGGUGCACUGAAACUGAGGUUCUAAUUUAUCCAAAGUAUCAAAGGUUUUCACUUGAAUAUGAAUCUAAAUAAAACAAUCAUGUUUGAAGAUAAACUCUGUCAGAAAAUAUUCUCAUAUUUACAUAUUUUGUGUUUAUAGUGAUAAACCAUCUGAAAUGAAAAAAAGUGUUUAAUUAAGCCUCCUUUAAUCGGUGCUAUUCUUAUACAUCGUUGUAACUGGAGUGAAAUUGGCAUUAUUGAUGUUAUUGCCAGUCACUUAAUGAAAGCUUCGACUUUUGAAGUAUACGGUAUACAAAAAAGAUCUAAUUUAAAGAAGCUUUGUCUUAGCCUAAAAUGAAUGCCUUUUUCUAUUCUAUCUAAAAGAAGAAAUUUGCAGGCAAUGCUAUUGUUACACAAUUCUGAGCAGCUUUUCCUCUGUAGCAUUUAAUUAAUUUUACAUUUCUAAACUAUCUUGUAGCAUUUUUCAGCAACAAAAUACCAUGUUAAUAUUGUUUUAAAAUUAUCAUUUCUAUUUGUAUGAUCAUGAUAUUUGCUAUUUAGUUUAUAUUUCGUCUUCUCAUUGUACAUUGAAAUCGUGAUACCAAAGCUUUUAUCUCAGAAGCUGGCUGCUCACUUAGAUUCUGGUUUCAGAUGCAUGUCUGAUGAAGAUUGAAAUUAUGCUACCUUUUAUUUUUAAUGAAAAUAAAUGAAUUACUGUAAAUCAGAGAUGACUUCACAAAAUUGACCCUGUGGGGGAGGGGGGGGCUAAGAAUCAAGUUUAGUGACAUAGGAGGACCCACCAUGGCUAAGAAUAGUUUUGAAAUUAGGCCUUCUAGAAUGGCUAAAAUGCAUCUGCAAGACAAAAUUUAACAAAUUACUAUACCGCUCAGAAUAUACAAUUUGACGGUUCUCAGAAAAACAUUGAUAAUUUUUUUAGGAUAAAUUUUGGGAGGCGAUGAGUCAUGCUAAAACUCCAGUGAAAGACAUUGAGGGAAAGAGAGGAAGGGUGACCUUUUGUUUACAGUGCACACCAAUGUGAAUAUCAAGAAGCUGUUGUAUUGAUUGAGAGAAUUUUACUUUCUAAACAGGAACGUGCAUCUUCUUUGCCUCGAUUAUUUUCAGUAGGCCAUAUUUACACAUCCAAAAUGCAAACAUUGCAAUGAUACAGAAAUUUAUCUACUGAAUUCAUUUAAAUAAUUGAAAUAUAACAAAAUGAGUUAGUGAAUAGAUCAAAUUAAAUCAAGCAGUAGAUGAUUUGUUCUUAUUUCAUUUCAUACACUGUUAUAAAAAAUGAUGAAAAAAUACGGUUUUGUCUUUGAAAAAGCUUCAGCUACCCUCUCCAGCCCCCCAGUGGUGCCCUGCCAGUAAAUUGAAUGUUCCUAACUAUUUGUAUGAUCACAUUGAAAUUAUAAAGUCGUAGUACAAGCAGAUAGGACUGGUUCAUUGACAGUUGCGUGACAGAUUCAAGUUUCUUUUUGAUUUGUAAUUAGAAACUAGAAUUAUUUGUAUUCGAAUUAAAGUAAGAUUGCAAACAAAAACAAACUAAGAGCCGCAAACUUUAUGGGGCUCUCAGCAGAAGAUUUUUCUAUAUUAUUCUUCUUUGAAGCUGGUAUCCAGGGUAUGAACUACGAGUUCAAGGGGCCCCAAACCUUUAUGGUAAAUGGAAAGUCUGUCGAUUAAAAUUCUAUAUUUUUUUCUUUAAUGUUUUCCUUAUGAUCAUAAUUGUGAGCCUCAAACUUGUUGUAUCUUUGAGGAAUCUUUGAGGAACUGUAAAAUCCUUAGAUUUGCGGGCCCCGGCUGCCUCUAUUACGCAACUGUUGAUUGAUACAAUCUGACGUCAUCAUCCAAUCAGCUUUCGUAAUCAAUCGCAACAUUCUGUAUAAAUUCAAAUCUUCGAUCAAAGAAUAUCAGAAAAUUAUUUUCGUCAAAGAGAGAGGACUUCGGAUUUACUUUUUGAGUGUAAUACACGGUGGAAUACAUAUUCCAAUUGAAUUUUGCUACUAAAAUUGCUACAGUUGUCAACCGAGAAGCUGAAAUGUGGUCGAAUACUGGCGCUGACGAAUGCUAUGGCUUUACAAACGAUGCAAAUGUGCAGGAGACAAAUCCUGAACAAAAUGCAACGGAAGAUCACACGGAAUCGUAUGAAAACAGCGACAGUUGGUCAGCGUAUUAUCAAAACUAUCCAUCCAACUUCAAUGGAGCAGAGAACUACGGGUUUGCUGGCUGGGAGAAUAACAUCGACCCUCAAGGCAUUUGGAAUCAGAAUAGCACAUGGACAACAGAAUCAUCACAGAACCCUGAAUCUUCUUGGCCUAUGGAUACUGACGAAGUUGGAAACGCAGAAAUGUACAACGGAUAUUAUGCUGAACCUCAGUACAGUUCCUGGCAAAACGAGCAACA